UCCCGGAAGAUGGCGGCGGCUGGAGGAGGAGGGGAGCGCGAGAGCGGCGAGAAGUCCCCCCUUCUGCCCGGGGGGGAGACCCCGGGUCUGGGGCCAGAGGCUGUUGCUAGGCCGGCCGCCGGGAUGGGGGCAGCGGUAUUCCCGGAGUUCCCAGAGAGCGUUCCGACCAUGUUCCCUGGUGAGGACCCCCCACCGUACUCCCCCCUGACCAGCCCCGAGAGCGGGGGCAGCCCCGUUAUUAAUUGCCGUGUGUGCCAAACCCUCAUCAACGUGGAGGGCAAGAUGCAUCAGCACGUGGUGAAGUGUGCCAUCUGUAACGAGGCCACGCCCAUUAAGAAUGCUCCGUUUGGGAAGAAGUAUGUCCGCUGUCCCUGUAACUGUCUGCUCAUCUGUAAAGUCACCUCUCAGAGAAUUGCCUGCCCUCGACCUUACUGUAAGAGGAUAAUAAACCUGGGACCCAUCCACCCCGGACCAACCAGCCCGGAGCCCCAGCCCUCUGGAACCCGGGUUAUCUGCGGGCAUUGUAAAAACACAUUCCUGUGGCGAGAGUUCACAGACAGGACGUUGGCCCGCUGUCCUCACUGUCGACACGUCUCCUCGAUUGGCCGGCAGUAUCCACGGCGCCGAUGUAUGUGGAUAUUCAUGGUGGGAUUACUCUUCGCUGUUAUCGCUGCUGGCGUGGCGGUAUCUACGUGGAGGCAGGCCAGGAGAUACCAUGGAAUCUACGCGGGCUGGGCUGUUCUCAUGGUGCUCUCGCUCUGCUGCUUUGCCCGGGCCUGUUACUGGGGCUGCCUGAAAGUCAGCCACCCCAUCCAGAGUUUCUCCUGACCUGACGAGGGGAGGCGCAGGAGGUGGGCGAGGGUCCUUAACUUUCAUCGACACAAGAGCAUACGAAUUCUGAACUCUGAUCCACAGAACCGAGAACAUUACAGCGCAGUGCAGGAUCUUCAGCCCUCGAUGUUGUGCCUACCUGUGGAACCAACCUGAAGCCCAUCUAACCUACACUAUUCAUUCUCAUCCAUAGGCCUAUCCAAUGACCAUUUAAAUACCCAUAAUGUUGGCGAGACCACAGCUAUUGCAGGCAGUGUGUUCUACACCCCG